UUCCGUUUCAGGCUGACGUCUGGAGUCCGGCUGCUGUGAGCUGGGUGUCGUCUGCACGGACGUUAGCUCUUUAUGGGGACAGUCACCUUCCAGCCCUCGGGUGACGGCAAAGCUGAGGCCGGCCCUUCUGUGAAGAGGCCACGCGUAUAGAUAAACGGAAGGCGUUUGUGUGUAAAGCAGCGUUAUGGCUUGUCUCUAACGUAGGAUGAAAAAUACGGGCACCUUGUCUCUCCAAACUAGGCUUAGAGAGCCUAGUUUGCUACCUGGAAGACGUCCCAGUAGAAACAAAAUGAGAAAUGGUAACAGGAGGAACCGGCAUUACCCCGACCCGGGGCGAGCGGGCCGGCGGUGGGGCCUGUGUCACCACUUGCGGUUUUGCUCCUCGUGGCUGAUGUCGUUACUGAACCAGCUCGCAGACGUGACAGCUCUUGUGGCCCCGGAUCAAGGAUUUGGACUUGUGAUGCGCCCCCAGCUCUCAGCAUCGCGGCCCUCCCGUGUGCUCACGAGCAGCGCGUGCAGGAUCCCGGUCCAGGCGGCAGAGCCGGCGGUGGGUGGGCGGCGCGGAGGGCGGGGUCCUGGAUGGGAAGCCACAGGGGCAGGAGGGCCCUCCGCAGCUGUGGUCGCGGCCCAGAGCGCACUGGCGUUUAGGAAGCUGGCUGCUGUUGUGUCCCCGCCCCACGCAUGCGCGGGGGAGGCCGGAGAGCCCCGCCCCCAGCGCUCUAUCAGGACAGCCUUCAAACACACCGUCAGGUCGAGCGGGUCUCACGUUGGCCACGUAGAAACCCACCGCUCAGAUUCUGCCAUUAGCACAUUUUUAAAAGAAAAGAUAUUGCGAAAGACUGUGGUGAGGAGGUGCACAGCCCUGACCUUCACGGCCUCUGAGGAGAAGGUUCUGGUAGCAGACAAGUCUGGGGACGUUUAUUCCUUUUCGGUGCUGGAGCCGCACGGGAGCGGCAAGCUUGAACUGGGACACCUGUCGAUGCUGCUGGAUGUGGCCGUGAGUCCCGACGACCGCUAUGUCCUCACUGCCGACCGGGACGAGAAAAUCCGGGUGAGCUGGGCUGCGGCUCCGCACAACAUCGAGUCCUUCUGCCUUGGGCACACCGAGUUUGUGAGUCGCAUCUUCGUGGUGCCCGACCAUCCCGAGCUGCUCUUGUCCUCGUCCGGGGACCGCACCCUGAGACUCUGGCAGUACAGAAGCGGCCGCGAGUUGCAUUGUUGUCACCUGCCCAGCCUGCAGGAGCCGGCGGAGCCCUGGAGCAACAAGAGGUUUGCUGCGUCCAGGAUCACUUACUGGCGCCAGGAGGACUGCGUGGCGCUCCUGUGUGACGGGCUGCCCGUGGUCUGCCUCUUCCAGCUGGAUGUCCCCCGGCGGCAGCUGGUCUACCAGCAGCAGCUGACUUUCCAGCACAGAGUGUGGGACGCCGCCUUCGAGGAGGCCCGGGGGCUGUGGGUCCUGCAGGACUGCCGGGAGGCCCCCCUCGUGCUCUGCAGGCCUGUGGGUGGCCAGUGGCAGUCUCUUCCUGAAAGUGCUGUGUCGAAGAGGGUCUGUGCUCACCUUCGCGAGAACUGGGCCAUGUUGGAAGGCUCUGCUGGCAUGGACAGUGGCUUCAGCAGCCUCUACAAGGCCACCUGCGACAACAUGACCACUUACCUGAAGAAGAAGGAGGAACGGCUGCAGCAGCAGCUGGAGAAGCAGCGACGCAGGGGGCCACCGCGCGGGUCCAACGGGCAGACCAAGAAGAUGAAGGCGGGGCACGCACCACGGAGCUGCUCGUCCUAGCUCGGCUCGGGGUGCUCCUUGGGGGUGCUCAGCGCCUCGGGGCAGCGGGACGCUGUGCUCACCCCUCCUGCCCGCAGCGCCCUGACGCAGGCAAAGGGGGGACCUCAUUCCCGACUCGGGCUGGGGGGCGGCGAGGUCCAUCCCGACUCAGCGGACACCUGGGGCCGUGCCAGGCAGCUGGACGCGGGACCCUGGGCUCUAGAACAUUCUGUUGCUGAGCAGAGCCCUCUGGCUGGAGGGAGGCCACGCAGCGUGUGAGCCGCUAUGCCUGAGCAGUGAGUGCCUCCAAGCCCCUUCCCUUCACACUGGAGGGCACGUCACCCUGCAGCUGUGGCGCUGUCCUUUCCUGCUCGUCCACGCAGCUUCCUCUAGGGGAGCCUGGACGCGGACGGAUGUCCUUCCAGCAGUGCGGUGCACACCUGCGCUUUUCUCCAGUCCCCUCGCCCUCCUGGAUGGUCCACUACGCUGUCCAGCAGGCGGCUGCGCGCCGCGGGGGCCGUAAACCUGAGGGGAGUUAAGUCCUCGGUUCCCUGGGCAGCGCUGGCUCCGGUGCUCAGGCCCCUCGGGGUGCGGAGAGCUCCUCGCCGGCGCUGGUGGAGACGGGAGCUUGUCCGCGACGCGUGCGGACAGAGAAGCCCGGCUGCACGCUUACUCCGCAGGGAAGUGACGGGUGAUGUUGUGUAUGUUUGAUUUCGGUUUGCACUUUGUGCACGUGCUGCAGAGCAGGAGGGUCGGCUGAAUUCUAAUCACUGAUCAAUAAAGAUGAGCUUUUUUGCAGCUUCUAGAAAUUUUAGCAGCAGCACCUGGAGCUAAUCUCAGAAUAUAUUGAGUGGAACCAUU